AGGUCAGCCCUCAGUCCUGCCAGUCUUCUGCCACACGGGGACUCCACAGAGGCCCUUUGUGACUGUCUUGAAGUGACCUUCCUGAUCCAGUCUAUCAGGCCUGAUCUGAUUGACUUCCCUUUGGGGACACCAGAGGAGCCACCCACAGAUGGGAGCAGUUUCAUCCCACACAGGACCAGAUCCACAGGCAGCAGGAAGCGAGUGGCGCUGGACCUGGCGGGCCUUCUGAAACCUCAGAGCCCACCUCCAGUGACGCAUUUCCUCCAACAAGGCCACACCUCCUAAUCCUCGGUUCUUCAACCCUUCAGCCCCUGGGGAUUCUCCGUGGUGCAGGCUGCAGUCACUGGCUGGGCUUGACCUUGGUAGUGCCUAUGAAAGACUCCCAGGAGCCUAUCUAGACGGGGAGACCCCGCUUCCCAAGGAACAGCGAGACCAGCCUUCGGAUGCAAGCCGCAAGAGUGUCAAGAUGAUGCCAACCCUGAGCUUGGAGCCCGCGGGCCGCAGCUGCUGGGACGAGCCGCUGGGCAUCUCCGUGCGCGGCCUGGCCCCCGGGCAGCCCGUCACGCUGCGCGCGGCCCUGCGCGACGAGAAGGGCGCGCUCUUCCGCGCCCACGCGCGCUACCGCGCCGAUGCCCACGGCCAGCUGGACCUGGCGCGCGCGCCCGCGCUGGGCGGCAGCUUCGCGGGGCUCGAGCCCAUGGGGCUGCUCUGGGCCAUGCAGCCCGACCGGCCUUUCUGGCGCCUGAUCAAGCGCGACGUGCAGACGCCCUUCGUGCUGGAGCUGGACGUGCUGGACGGACACGAGCCCGACGGCGGGCGGCUGCUGGCCAAGGCGGAGCACGAGCGCCACUUCCUGGCUCCCGGGGUGCGGCGCGUGCCCGUGCGCGAGGGCCGGGUGCGCGCCACGCUCUUCCUGCCCCCAGGGAAGGGACCCUUUCCUGGGAUCAUGGACCUUUUCGGAAUUGGACGUGGCCUCCUGGAGUAUCGGGCCAGUCUGCUGGCUGGGAAGGGCUUUGCCGUGAUGGCUCUGGCUUAUUAUAACUAUGACGACCUCCCCAAGGACAUGGACGUGAUCCACCUGGAGUAUUUCGAGGAAGCUGUGAACUACCUGCUCAGUCACCCUCAGGUCAAGGGUCCAGGAAUUGGCCUGCUGGGAAUUUCCAGAGGGGCUGAUUUCUGCCUCUGCAUGGCCACUUUCCUGAAAGGCAUCACGGCUGCUGUCAUAAUCAAUGGCUCUGUGGCCAAUAGUGGCAAAAUCUUACGGUACAAGGAUCAGACCCUACUCCCUGUGGGUACUGACAUUAGUCGGAUCAAAGUGACCAAAGAAGGCCUUAAAGAUAUUGUGGAUGUCCUGAAUGUCCCUCUGGAAGGGGCAGACCUGAAGAGCAUCAUCCCCGUGGAGAGGUCAGACACGACCUUCCUGUUCCUCGUUGGUCAGGAUGACCACAACUGGAGGAGCGAGUUCUAUGCCAGAGAGGCCUCCAAACGCUUACAGGCCCAUGGGAAGGAGGAGCCCCAGAUCAUCUGCUACCCAGACACGGGGCACAACAUUGAGCCCCCUUACUUUCCCUGGUGCAAGGCUUCCCUGCAUAGUUUCUACAACAUUGUUGUCAUCUUUGGAGGGGAGCCCCGGGCUCACGCCAUGGCCCAAGUGGACGCAUGGCAGCAGCUCCAGACUUUUUUCCACAAACAUUUGGGUGGUGAAGACAGGACAGUCCCAGCCAAACUGUAAUUUUCUUUGAGUGGUGAUAUUUCUCAUCCUUGACCUCUCCUGAAGAGAGCUGCCUCAGUUGGAUGUGUUUGCAUUUUUUUCUCCUGUUAAUAAAGUCUUGAAGUUUUUCCCCACGAA